AUGGGACCAAGAACUGCCAUUAUUACAUAUUCACUCUACCAUCAUAUUGCCUCAAUGGCUACAGCAGCCAAAACUGGUAUUGAAUCAGCCGGGGGAUCAGCAAAGAUAUUUCAAGUAGCAGAAACCCUUCCAGAUUCCCUUCUUAAGAAAUUGGGGGCUCCACCUAAACCAGAUUUCCCUCUUGCAACUAAUGAUACAUUGACCGAAUAUGAUGCCUUUUUGUUUGGUAUCCCAACCAGAUACGGUAACAUGCCUUCGCAAUUAAAGGCUUUCUGGGAUGGCACUGGCAGUUUGUGGGCUAAGGGUGCUUUAAUUGGUAAACCAGCAGGUAUUUUUGUAUCCACUGGUUCAGUUGGUGGUGGUCAAGAGACUACAGUUAUUAGUAACUUGUCUACAUUAGUUCAUCAUGGUAUGGUAUUCGUCCCAUUAGGAUAUUCACACCCAGGCAUCACUUCCAUGGAUGAAGUACACGGUGGUUCGCCAUGGGGUGCUGGUACGUUUGCUUCCUCAGAUGGGUCUAGAAAGGUGUCAGACUUAGAGCUUGAGAUUGCUAAAGCACAAGGUGCAAACUUCUACAAGACUAUUGCGAAACUUAAAGGAAUUGAUAACUAG